AUGUCCAACUUUCCAAGCACCCGUGGCCGCAACAUGGAUCCCGGUGAACACAGGAGCCACAACCACCCGUAUCAGAAGCGGGUUACUGGUCCCAGGCUCUUCGCCGAGGUGUUCAACACCACCCCUCUCCCUGAUAGCCGCGACACCUUCCUCCUCUCCAUCGGCGAGAAAAAGAUCGACGUUGAGAUCGACAGCCGCAUUCCCCACGCCGCCACCUUCACCUUCCACAAGGAGGACCACACCCUUGCCAACAUGCUCCGUGGUCGUCUUGUGCGCACUCCUCACGUUGUCUUCGCCGCUUACCGGGUCCCUCACCCUCUGAUUCCCAACUUCGAGUUGCGCGUCCAGACCGAUGGCGAGAUCACCCCCGCCAGGCCCCGCGAGUUCACCAAGGAAUUUGAGCUCCGCAAGAUGGCCAACAACGCCAACGAGCAGCCCGAGGGUGGCGCCGAGUAA